AUGGCGUUUGUAGCUCGUUUCUGCCGAUCAUGUCGGCAGCACCCGCUGGGCGCCCCCGUUCGCCAACGAUUGCCGGCGCUCUCGUCACUUCUGGUUCGUGGCUUUGCAGACAGACGGUCCGGAAUUGUUAAGAUUUGGAAUGACCAGAAAGGAUUUGGCUUUAUUGCCCCCAGCCAGGGGGGUGAUGACGUCUUUGUGCAUCGCAGCGGCAUUGCUGAGGGCGUCACUCUGACACCUGGGAUGUCAGUCAGCUUCUCCCCCGAGUGGGAUGACAAGAAACGGAAGGACAGAGCUUCAGAUGUGCAGCCGGCAGAAGGGGAUAGCGGAUCAGCCGAGCCAUCAGCAGCACCGGCAGCCAUCACGGCGCAUCACCUCGUGGGGUCGUGGAAGAAGUGGAGCAUCCACAGCACAGCGAUGUCUGCGGACGAUUCUGGCACGCUCAAGCAGACCAUCACAGUGCGGCCUGAUGCUCCAAAAUCUGGAGAGAUGCGGCGUGAAGAAUUCCAGAUAGUUGGGAACGCAUCGUGGGAUGUCCGUCUAUACCCCGCGGGUGGGGAAAAAGAGGAGGUGGUUGUGCUGAAGCCUGGUACGCCGUCAAAAGCGGCGGUCGGAUCCAAGAGCAAAGGCCAUGGUCGCAAUUGGGCGGUGGAAGGUAAAGCGGGGGAGAGCUUCGAUAUCAUGUUUGACAAGACGCAGCUCACAGUCUCUUGCGAUGUUGUUGAAUAA